AUGGACGAACCUGACCUCCCUCCUCUCUCGCGGUCCACCCGAGCAACAGACAUUCACGCUCACUCUCGACUCGCUCCCCCUCUGGUCCGAAAAAGGACGUACUCCGACCACGACUACGAACCCGCUGCCGUGUCCAGUGACCCUGCUCUGUUCUCUAGCGACGAGACGGCCCCCGGCGCCGAGAACUACGUCUCGGGCAAGAGGAAGAAACGCACCUUCAGGGGGUCGUGGUGGGAUCGCCACCCGGCUGAGCCUGGAACGAGGACGGGCUUGAGGGAGAAGCGCCAGUUCAGGAGGAAUUUUGACUCGGGCAUCUUCAUGGGCAGUGAGAGCGAGGAGCCCCUCUCGAGUGAUUCAGUCACGAUCGAGGAGGAGUUUCUGAGGGAUGUGCGAGAGGACAAAGACAACAAUGUUCAAGCGGGGCCUUUCACAUUCGGGCUGGAGGAAGGCGAUCACAUCCAACCGCGAAGGAAGCACGCCUCCGGAGCGAUGAUUCAGAUUCCCAAGGAGCACGAGGUGGUUUGCGAGAUUAUCAAGCAGUGCCUCGACCAUGGGAAAGAGGAUGUGGAUUUGUCAUCCCUGGCUCUAUCGAGUUUACCUGCCGACAUCACAUCACUGCAAACACUCAGCAAACAAGACGAGCUCACUCCAGGUAUGCUGCACAUUGGUACUAAUCUUGAACCCGAACUACGACUCUUCCUGGGCAACAACUCUUUUACCAGAGUACCAAGUCCCAUCUUCAGCCUUCAAAACCUCCGCGUCUUGUCUCUCCGCAACAACAAUCUCACAUAUAUCCCGAGUGCAAUAGGGGAAUUGGUCAACCUCAAGUCACUGAACAUUGCGGGAAAUCAAUUGUCGGAGCUGCCCACGGAGAUCCUCGACCUUGUCACUGACCACGCCUUGGAAAAGCUAAUGCUGAAUCCGAAUCCCUGGCUCAGCUCCGAUGGAGUGACGACGGACUGGUCUGUAAUCUCGAUACGGGCAGGAAAUCUUAAACUCUGCAGGCAGCACAGCGGCGUCAUAGCGAAAGCCAAUUAUUUCCCCCAGGACUUCCCUCAAGUCCCAACACUCACCGAAUUAGCUCUUCGCCAACUCUCCAGGUACGACCCAACGGGCGACGUCGACUUUGUCGCUUAUAUGCCCCCAAACACGCCCGAAACAGUGUUGAGCCAGCUAAGAGCGCUUAAGCAGCAGCCGGCACGUCGGUGCACCGCGUGCAAAAAAGCAAUUGUGCUGGCACGAGAAGAAUGGCUGGAAUAUUGGGUCAUUACGCGAGCCUCGCCGAUUGACAGAGGCUGCGCUUCUGCUAGGAGGAGUGCCGUGGUACCCUUUCGCAGGCUACGGUGCUGGGAGUGCUCCAAAAGCUCUAGGUUGAGCGACGCGGGCUGGGAUAAGGUCCUGCCGAAACCAUUAUGA